GAAGAACUCCACAGUGAAGAAGCAGCAUCAGUUGAUGAUUUAUAUAGAACAAACUGCAUAGAGCAGUGCCAGCCAAAUUCCACCAUACACCUUGACCUGUCUCUUGCUUAAGUGUUGUGCAGUGAAGAAACUUGGUAUGUAAUCUACCAAAUCCUUUGAGGAACCCAGCCAUAAAGACAGCUGUCAAUCACUAAUAGGGAAAAGUGGAACAUUAACCACCCUCUAGUGUGGUGCAAGGAUCAACCACCUUCCUUGAGGUUUGAAUGGAUUUUCUUCCUGUCUAUACUGGGGAACCUGCAAGACUGGAAAAGAGACAGAGGGAACAACACUGCUUUAUAAGUGCAACCCUGACCUGUCGAGUGCCAGGCUGAGAAACAGCAGAACAAGAUGAAAGUCCAAGUGAAGUCCCAGAAAUCCUGGAUUGAGGCCGUCUUCAGCAAAAGAGAGUGUACAAGAAUUGUACCAAGUUCCAAAGAUCCUCACAGGUGUCCUGCAGGCUGUCAAGUAUGUCAGAAUUUAAUCCGAUGCUGCUGUGGGCGGCUAAUUGGUGACCAUCCAGGGAUAGAUUAUAGCUGGCCUGUCUUUCAGUCUGCAAAGGAGAAAGAGAAUGAGGAAUGGUCUGUUCAAAAGGAUACAAAGACAAGCCCAACUGAUGCAUUUGGUACUAUCAGUUUUCAAGAUGGUGAUCAUACUUACCAUGCUAAGUACAUCAGAACUUCUUGGGAUACAAAAUUGGACCACUUGUUGCAGCUCAUGUUAAAUGAAUGGCAGAUGGAAUUGCCAAAACUGGUCAUUUCUGUUCAUGGUGGAAUCCAGAACUUCAAACUUCCUGCUAAACUUAAGCAGCUUUUUAGCAAAGGUUUGGUCAAAGCUGCUGAGACUACAGGAGCAUGGAUACUGACAGAAGGCAUCAACGCUGGUGUGUCCAAGCAUGUGGGAGAUGCAUUGAAAGUCCAUGCCUCCCAAUAUUUAAGAAAGAUCUGCACAGUUGGAAUCCCCUCUUGGGGUAUAAUUGAGAACCAGAAAGACCUCAUUGGAAAAGAUGUAGUCUGCCUGUACCAGACACUGGGCAACCCUCUCAGCAAGCUGAGUACACUCAACAGCAUGCACUCCCAUUUCAUACUGGCUGAUGAUGGCACAGUGGGCAAGUAUGGCAAUGAGAUGAAGCUUAGGAGAAAUCUGGAGAAGUACCUGUCACUUCAGAAAAUACACAGUAGAAUGGGACAAGGAGUGCCUUUAGUUGGGCUGCUGGUGGAAGGUGGUCCAAAUGAGAUCUUGACAGUGUGGGAAUAUGUGAGGGACAAACCUGCCAUCCCUGUAGUAGUUUACGAGGGAACUGGGAGAGCUGCUGACCUCCUUGCUUUUACCCAUAAGCACACAGCAGAUGUGACGAAUCUGAGUCCUCAGUUUAGAGAAGAGAUUUUAUUAAUGAUUCAGAAUAUGUUCAGUUUGGGUCAGAAACAAUCCCAUCAUCUGUUCAAAAUUUUAAUGGAGUGUAUGGAAUACAGGGAUUCUAUAACAAUAUUUGAUGCAGAGUCAGAAGAACAUGAAGACAUUGAUCUGGCCAUCCUGAUUGCACUAUUGAAAGGGACAAAUAUGUCAGCCCCAGAUCAACUAAAUCUGGCACUGGCCUGGAACAGACUGGACAUUGCUAAGAAGCAUAUAUUGGUUUACGGACAGCACUGGAAGGUUGGAUCACUAGAACAAGCAAUGCUGGAUGCUUUGGUAAUGGAUCGUGUAGAAUUUGUCAAGCUGCUGAUAGAACAUGGAGUGAACCUACACCGUUUUCUUACCAUAGCCCGACUGGAGGAACUGUACAAUACUAAACAAGGGCCAACAAAUCUUCUUCUGCGCCAUCUUGUCUGUGAUGUAAAACAGAGUACUCUUCCAGUGGGCUAUAAAAUAUCACUGAUAGAUAUCGGGCUGGUAAUAGAAUAUCUGAUUGGUGGAGCUUAUCAGAGCAGCUACACAAGAAAACAUUUCAGAGUCUUAUACAACAGCCUUUACAGGAAACACAAGAGAGCUGUCACCAGUCUGGCACAGAAUUUCUCCCUCCACCAUCACAAUCCGAUGGGGAGUAAAAAUGGAUCUGCUGAAAAUACCUUGCAUUCCCAGUUCAUCAGAACAGCACAACCAUACAAAUAUAAAUUUCAGCUGGAAACAACACUAAGAUACUACUCUUUAUUCUUCAUACUUCUUGCAGUUUCAGCUGGAAACAACACUAAGAUACUACAAUGUCUGAGAACCCUUUCAGAAAAAUCAGCUGUUCUUCAUAAGUCCAGGAAGAAGCUCAAAGAUGAAUUCACUGUUUCUGAUGACCAAGAGUCUGUUGGUUUUAUUUACCCAUAUAAUGACCUCUUGGUUUGGGCAGUGUUGAUGAGAAGGCAGAAGAUGGGCAUGUUCUUCUGGCAGCAUGGAAAGGAAGCGAUGGUCAAGGCAGUGGUAGCUUGCAAACUCUACAAAGCCAUGGCACACGAAGCUAAGGAAAGCAAUAUGGAAGAUGAUACAUCAGAAGAGCUGAAGAAGUAUUCAAAUGAGUUUGGGCAGCUGGCUCUGGAUGUGCUGGAUACUGCAUUCAAACAAAAUGAGCAGAUGGCCAUGAAGCUGCUGACUUAUGAGCUGAAGAACUGGAGUAACUCAACCUGCCUGAAACUGGCUGUGUCAGUGGGUUUGCUACCCUUUGUGUCUCACACAUGCACACAGAUGCUCUUGACUGAUAUGUGGAUGGGCCGCCUGAAAAUGAGGAAGAACUCCUGGUUUAAGGUGAUUCUAAGUAUUCUUCUACCUCCCACUAUCUUGAUGCUGGAGUUUAAAACGAAGGCUGAAAUGUCCCAUGUGCCUCAAUCACAGGAGUUCCACCAGUAUACAUGGUAUCAUGGUGAUCCUAGCACCAUCACUGUUAAAGAUGACCUUUCACUGAACAAUUAUGAUUUAGAGAAAGGAGCUGAGAAUCAAGAUGAAAAACAGUCAUUCUCCACCAACACUGGACGCCUUCCUUGGACAAGGAAAGUCUAUGAAUUUUACAGUGCUCCUAUUGUCAAGUUCUGGUUUCACACGAUGGCUUAUUUAGCAUUUCUCAUGCUGUUCACUUACACGGUCUUGGUGGAGAUGCAAUCAGCACCCAUUGUGCAAGAAUGGCUUGUGAUCAUCUACAUUUUCACCACCUCAAUUGAGAAAGUCAGAGAGAUAUUCAUUUCAGAGCCAGGAAAGUUCAACCAAAAGGUGAAAGUGUGGAUUUAUGAGUACUGGAAUUUUACAGAUUCUGUCGCUAUCAUCUUAUUCAUGAUCGGUUUUGGCUUGCGCUGGGCUGAUCCUCCAUUGCAAACAGUGGGAAGGUUGAUUUACUGCCUUGAUAUAAUAUUCUGGUAUGCCAGGCUCCUUGAUUUCCUUGCUGUGAAUCAGCGUGCAGGUCCCUAUCUGACAAUGAUUGGGAAAAUGACAGCAAACAUGUUCUACAUUGUAAUUAUGAUGGCCAUAGUAUUGUUAAGUUUUGGAGUGGCUCGAAAAGCAAUACUUUCUCCACAUGAAAAACCAUCAUGGACUCUUGCACGAGACAUUGUAUUUCAGCCUUAUUGGAUGAUGUUUGGUGAAGUAUAUGCAUCAGAAAUUGAUCCUUGCGAAUCAGACCCACACUGUCCUCCAGGUUCCUUCCUUACACCUUUCCUUCAAGCUGUCUACCUCUUUGUGCAAUACAUCAUCAUGGUCAAUCUGCUGAUUGCUUUCUUCAAUAAUGUUUAUUUUGACAUGAAGUCCAUAUCGAACAAACUCUGGAAAUACAACCGCUACCGCUACAUCAUGACAUAUCAUCAAAAACCAUGGCUGCCACCUCCUUUCAUCAUUCUCAGUCAUAUCAGCAUCCUCAUAAAUCGCCUCUGCCACCACCACCGUAGACUACCAAAUGAACUGGAUCAAGAGGAGGGGCAUGUUGAACUGAAGCUGUACCUGAGUGAAGAAGAAUUAAAAAAGCUUCAUGACUUUGAAGAACAAUGUGUGGAAAAAUACCUUCAUGAGAAGAAUGAAAACCUUCAUUCCAGUGACAGCGAAAGGAUCCGAGUUACAACUGAAAGAGUUGAAGAUAUGUUUUCACAGCUGAAGGAGAUGCAUGAGAAAGUGGUUUAUGUCAAAGAUGCUUUACUUGCUCUGGACAGCCAGCUAGGACACUUACAAGACCUCUCUGUUUUAACUGUUGAUACUUUGAAAGUCAUCUCAGCUGUGGACACCUUGCAAGUAGAAGAGGCUCUUCUUGCAGACAAGAAUCAUGAAACCUAUAGGAAACUUCCCCAUAGUUGGAGUAAUGCUGUGCAUUCAGAUAUUUUGAGCAGCAUGGACAAUGUGAGUGAGAAGAAAUAUAAUUACUAUAGCAUGCCACCCUCUCUUCAGAAAAGAGAGGCAAGAAGUCAUUGGCAACCAAGAGGUGAUCACUACAUUCUUAAUGCCAUAAACCACAAUGAGGUCAAAUCAGCAGACAAAUAUCAGAAACAAGAGACUGAAAAUGAUACCUUUGCUUCCGGAGCACCGUCAGAAAGUAAAUCCACCUCCAGGUAUGGACAGUUUCUUCUGGUCCCUUCUGGUCAGCGAGGAGUCUCUGAAGAUGAUGGCUUAAGCUUGGUGUUUUCAGGUUCUUUGAAUGAGCUCCAUAGAGGUGGACCAAAUGCUAAGCCCCCAAGCAGGCAUGUCCAACCAAAUGUACAUGCUGUUGAUGAUGAGGAAGAAGGAAAGAUCAGUCAAGGACCAGAAUUGGAACUUUUACCACCCAAGAUGCCUGAUGAGACUCUAGAAGAAAACUGUACUGCUGCCCAAACAUCUAGCAUGGCCAGUGAGAUCACUCAACCUUUUCAAAAUAACAGGGAAGAACUUGGAGGAGGUUAUGUGAACUGGGGGUUCUUGGAGGAUGAAGACAAGAGUGUUUUUAGUGAAAUGUCAAAGGAACAGCCAGGCAUACCUUCUGCUAACUGCAGAUCUGGUCCUCAUCAUGUGCACAUAAAGGAAUCAAGUUCUGACAAAUCAGGAUACAGCAGUGACAGCUCCCAGUAUCAUCUACCACUCCAGUGCAACAGCUCAUCGAUUUGGAUCAAUCCACUUAGGAAAAGCUGGCCAUUCAACAAAACCUUAUACUCCCGCAGUGCAGAGAAAAUGAAGGAAUCCCGCAAAAUAAAAGAGUCAUCAAAGCCUACUGAGCCAUGUCAGACAGUAUGGGCAAAGGCAAAACCAGGAAGCAAAGGAAAGAAGUCUUUAAAGAAGAAACAAAAACCUCUUCAGGUGCCAAUGAUUACUGUAGACAGUUGUCCACAGAGCAUGCAAGUUAGUUCAGAGCCAUUGGAGACCUUAGGAAAUAAGCAGAAACACAGAACCAUCUGGCCAGCUGAGUCUCACUCCAGUCAGCUAAGUUUGGAUCACAUCAGUGGUAUACAUGAGAAAAUGAAAAAUCAAGAAACUGUGAGACACACAGUACAGAUUUGUGACUACCUGAGACAGUCACAAGAGGAUUUAAAUAACAGCAUAACUUGGACUAGGAAAAACAGGAUGAAUAAUUUAAGCAGAAGCCACUCGUUGAAAAGUUCAUAUGGAAGUGACAUAAUUUCAUUGUCCUUAAAACCCCCUCAAGAUCUGCACCAUCACUACUCAGCUGUGGAAAGAAACAAUUUAAUGAGACUGGCUCAAACAAUACCUUUCACACCUAUACAGCUUUUUUCUGGUGAAGAAGUGACAAUCUAUAGAUUAGAAGAAAGUUCACCUUUGAAUCUUGAUAAAAGCAUGUCUUCUUGGUCACAGCGUGGUAUAGCUGCUAUGAUUCAGGUUUUGUCUCAGGAGGAGAUGGAUGGAGGCCUGCGGAGGGCUAUGAAAGUAAUCUGCACCUGGUCUGAGAAUGAUGUGCUAAAACAAGGCCAAGUCUUCAUUGUAAAGUCUUUUCUUCCUGAGGUAGUUCAGGCUUGGCAAAAGGUUUUCCAUGAAGGCACAGUUCUCCGUCUCUGCCUCAGAGAAAUACAACAGCAAAGGGCAGCUCAGAAGUUGAUAUACACCUUCAAUCAAGUGAAGCCACAUUCAAUUCCAUAUAAUCCAAGGUUUCUGGAGGUCUUCUUAAUUUAUUGCCAUUCAGCCAAUCAGUGGCUGACAAUAGAAAAAUACAUGACGGGAGAGUUCCGCAAGUACAAUAAUAACAAUGGUGAUGAGAUAAUGCCUAGCAAUUUGCUGGAAGAAAUUAUGCUGGCUUUUUCUCACUGGACUUAUGAGUAUACGCGAGGAGAGCUCCUUGUACUGGAUUUGCAAGGUGUUGGAGAGAACCUUACAGACCCCUCUGUCAUUAAACCUGAAAACAGGCAAUCUAGAGGGAUGGCUUUUGGACCAGCAAACCUUGGAGAAGAAGCAAUCAAAAACUUCAUUUCAAAGCAUUGCUGUAACUCUUGUUGCAGGAAACUGAGACUUCCUGAUCUGAAAAGAAAUGACUACACACCUGGGAGGUUCAAUCCAGCUUUUGAAGCUGAAAAUGAAGCAAUGGCAGCAGCAGGAGAUGAGACUGUUAACAAUUGCAGAGAUGAACCUGUGGAAUUUUGUACCCGAUUCUAAUGCUAAGAGUUAGCAGGUUGGUUCUAGCCUUUUGAACACCUGAAUUAUACCUGAUACUGAAUCUGUAUGUGGAAAGAAACUUGAGGCACCCAAAAAUUUCCACCAUCCAUUUAUUUGUAAAUGAAAGAAGUGAAAGCCAUUUACACAUAUGUGAGUGUGUGAAGAAAUCUCCAGUGAAAAAGGAACCACUUUAGUUACUGCCACCGGAGCACUUUGUUUGUAUAGCUUUCUUCACAGAUUAUCAUUAAAGCCACUGAGAUCACUUGGA